UCCAAGAGAGAGGAGCCAGUUGAAAGUCGAAACCCUAACAGUACAUCCCCUCGCCGCCGCCGGUAGCAAGCAUGGUGAGGAUUGGCUGCGCCAUCGGCGGUGUGCCGGCCGGAGCUCCCAAGCCCCUUGAUGCCCCUUUUCGCAAUUACGUCAACCACCAUGGCCUCGAGGAAGUCUCCAAGAUGUUCUCGACCAGUGUUGAUUUGGAUCAGACGGUGAAGGACUUUGAGAAGAUGGUCAACGAUUUCAAUGGCAAUCCUGUGAAAUUGGUGUGGAACGAAGAGAAGCAUCAGGGUCAGGAUCUGGGAGACGAGGACGUGGACGAGGGUGAGAGCGAGCACGAAGAAGACGAGGCUGACGGGAAGGCAUGCAACAAGGUGGCAACAAACUUAAUCUCUGUACAUAUAUUGAAAGAUCUGUUGAUUUUCUGCUGGCUGAUUUCAGUAAGGUACUGCUAACUUGCUCUCCGUUCUCUGUUUAAUUGAUACACUGCAAUGUUUAUAUCUAUCCAGUUGUUCGGUGAUACAAAGAGUGCUAGUCUUGAGAAAAGACUACACGCUCCUAUUGAAGAUGGGCCGGAACCGAAGAAGCCAAGAGUAGCAGAAGGCCCAUGCAUCCAAGGAGACAAAAAUGAAGCUGCAGGGUUAUAAAAUUCCUCUCGGCAGGUACUCCUUUAUGUGUAAACCCCUGCUUCUGUUUCUAACUUUGCAUUGAAUCACAUAUUUUAAGAGACAAAUCAGUAUGCUCAUUUCAGUACAAUUUAAAUGACUCAAGAGGUAACGAUGUUAAGCAAUCACCCCUUUUAAUCCGAUCCGGUCGUACAGGUAUUUUGUGUAACUGUUGAGUAGCUUUAGGUAACACACUUUAAUAAAUCUAGAAUUUCUGUGCUAAUUAGUCCAAUUCAUCUGUUUAGUCACACUAAACAGGCGCCCAUAAGGAGGGUUGAUAAUAGAGGUACUGCUAACUUGCUCUAUGCCAUGUGGGGGCGUUUGGAAGGAGCGGAGUAGGAGAAUUUUCCAAACAAUACAUCCCUUCUACCCGACGUGAUGGCGGCUCUUGUUCGUGAAGAGAGCGCAGCGGCAGGACCCCGGAGAUGUUCUGGUGGUUCAGUAAUCUACGUUGUUUUCCUUUUG